CUACAUGCCAUCCGCCAUUGAUUUAAAUCAAGUGGUUUGUCCACAGCAUUGUCCUCGACAAUGUUUCCAGUAUUGGCAUCGAUAACAACCAAUCGAGGGAUUCCAGAUACCUUCAAGGUUGCCAUUAGUCGUUCUCGUGUGUCGUCUUCGAAAUCAAUGGCCAUCCAUGGAUGAGAGGCUUGGAAAUAGCUCCGGAAUCCAUCCUCAUCAUGAUCCGCCGACAAGAAGACAACCUCGACGAAAUUCUUUCCCACGGUCUUGUACYAGUUGGCGAGCAUGGGUGUGAAUUUUCGACAGGGCGGACACCAGUGUGCACUGACGUAGAAGAGGACAAAUUCUUUCCCACCAAGUGCGUCGGCUAGAGGUACAACUGCACUCGUCCCAUUCUUAAGAAGUGUUCCGUUCUGGAGUGUGCUAAACCAGCGUUGUUUCAACGCCUUUGAUAAUCCCUUGGCAACAGAGGGUUCGGAUGGUGGAGAAAAAGAAACCGACAACGAGGGUCCUACGGGCCGCACCCGGAAUUGGUAGCCCAAUUCGGAGCUCAGGUUUUUCUUUUUUGCCCCUGUCCCCGUCAGAGAGGCCGCUAUAGUUUUCCAGGCUUCCCCUCCCUUGUUUUCUCUCAUUUGGAGCUCAUAUGUGUUUUCAUCAUUGCUGCUGGCCGGUUUCCAACUCACCAUAAGCGCCUGAUUUCCAGCAAUAGAAGUCGUGGGCGCUUCMAUCGACUUCUCGUCUUCUUCCUUGGAAAGCGUUCGGAAUGCAUUGUCAUGUGAGAUCCAGGAUCCUACUUCUGUUUCUUCGUUGUCAGAAAACACCGGGGCAACCCGAAAUUUAUGAUUUUUUUCGGAAAUGAGAUUUUUCUUUCUUGCCUGCGGCUGGAUUAGGUUUGAGGAGAGCUGUCUGAAACCCUCGUCAUCAUUCGUUUUUAAUUCCAAUAUAUAUCGUUUCGCCCCAGGGAUUGCUUCCCAUGUCAAAGUCAGCGAAUCACACCGAGCGUCAAGGAGUGUUAUCAUCCUUGUAUCUUUUGUUUUUGUCGAUGGCGAUGAUAAUGGUGUCAAGAGUCGUGUUGGAUCUUGUCGACAAAGCUGUUUAUGAAUCAUUACUGAUUAUGAAUCAUUACUGAUGGGUGAAACAACGGGACGUAUUUUCUACGAAGUACUUCUAUUUUCUACUACGUAGUACUUCGUACAGCACAACAUGGGUACAAAUCUGGUACGUACUGUACUUUAGACGAAAGUACGGUACGAGACAAAAUACUGUAAUAUACUUACGAAUAGUAUGUGCAAUUAUUACUUUAGUACUAGCUGAUAGUACUUCUAGUAUGUUUGUUCUUGUCUUCACACUUCACAUAACACAUCACACGUCAUGUAAGGUGCCUGUACUGGUAUCUUCCGGACGACACACGAACGACAGAAAAAUCUGAAAAAAUCUUUUUUGAUGAAGAUGUUCUGAACAUUAUGGAUCCAUGAUUACCAAUGCUCUAUGCUACGUUGCUUUCGUUACUCCAAAGCGCGACAAUGAUAGCACAUUCCAGUUUACUGCUUCGAUCAGUAAGCACGGCCCUCCUUCUUGCGAUUGGCAGCAAUGCUAGAAAUCAUCGUGUCUUUCCGGCGGCGCAGACCGAGUCGUACAAUCCCGAGAAUAUACCUCCAGUACUUGGUCUCGUCUACAGCAACAACAUCACGUUCGCAGUGUCCAUUAGUGGAUCGGGCAGCAACAGGUAUAGCAAAAAACGACCAACCGUGUCGACGGCCGAGAUCGAAGACUUUCUGCAUCCGGCGAUUCUCCGUUUCAAGAAAUCUUUGACUCGCUUUCCCGAUUUUAAAGAAGAUUAUAUUGUGAACCCCUUGGAUCUUCCCCUUCUACCGAUACCACAAGUUGAAAUAAUCGUAGAAUCUCCAGACGUCAAACUCUACAAUGGUGUUCCGGAAGAUUACAACAUUUCCAUAACGACGGCUUCAUCUUCUAGAAUCUAUGGUUCGAACGAUCGUUAUGUCGUUGUGACUCUGAAAACUUCGACUGUCUUCGGUGUUCUACGGGCUUUGGAGACGCUGGGUCAACUGAUUGAAUUCGGUUGGAUGGAUGAUAGCCAACACUCAGAGGCACUGUCAAAUGAUAUAAGUGGAGGCGACACUACAGCUCAUGGGGUAUUCUGCAUUAAAGACAUCCCUCUAUUCAUAUUUGACAAGCCAUCAUUCCCGUAUCGCGGACUGAUGAUUGACACGUCCCGACAUUACCUCCCCCUGAAUUUGAUACUGGAGAACUUGGACGCCAUGGAGAUGAACAAGCUGAAUGUAUUGCACUGGCAUAUUUCGGAUACCCAAUCCUUCCCGUACGCACCCAAGACCAUGCCAGAGCUAGCCGAGAAGGGAGCCUACCAUCCAAAGCGAAUCUACACCCUGCGGGAUGUGCAAACCAUAAUCCGAGAGGCUUACCUGCGAGGUAUCCGGGUCAUACCUGAAAUCGAUAUGCCUGGGCACACGAAUGCAAUUGCCAAGUCGCAUCCGGAGGUCAUGAGUCAUUGUCCGCAUCCCUCGGAGCCAAUCAACCCAACGGUGCCAGAGACUUUUGAUUUCGUGAAAGCCGUAUACGAAGAUCUGAACGAAGUAUUCCCAGACGAUUUUAUCCACCUGGGGGGCGACGAGGUUCAAUUGAGUGAGCAUUGUUGGCUCAAGGAUCCUUCAAUUGUGAAAUGGAUGAAAGACCACGGCAUGAGAAACAGAACGGUGGAGCUUUACGAGUACUUCGAAACCCGACUCUUCCAAACCAUAGCCAAACUUUCCAAAACGCCAAUCGUUUGGCAAGAAGUCUUCAAUCUGAACCUAACGAUCCCUCAAAACACAAUUAUCGACGUCUGGAAAGGCUUUGAUAAAUACACAAUUCAAAACGCAACGAAUCAAAACCACCGAGUGAUUCUUAGUGGGUGUUGGUACCUCGAUCACCUUGGUGAUUCCUGGCUUACGUACUACAAGUGCGAUCCUCGAAAUUUCACCGGCGCAAACAAAGAUCUCAUGAUCGGUGGGCACGCAUCGAUGUGGGGGGAGCACGUGGAUGCCUCAAACUUCGUGUCAAGGGUUUGGCCACGGGCUUCUGCCGUAGCCGAACGACUCUGGCACGGAAACGUUACCCAAUCCGGGGCGGUCGAUACCAUCGCUGAUCGAAUCCAUGACUUUCGUUGCCGAAUGGUACUGCAGGGAUUUGCCGCUGGUCCAACUGGACCUGGUGUUUGCCCCACCGAAGUUGCUUACCGGUCGCAUUUAGACGAAUGUUCAUUCGAUUCUUCCUCUCGUAACUGCCUARAGGGGGCAGCAAACUUGUCGUCUGUGUUUUCUUCCAUCGAAACUAAAAAUCAUAGAAUGAGGCGAGAGGAACGACGAUAAAAUKCUGGAAUUGUGUCGAUAAAAUAUAGUUCAACAU